GACCAAUUCACUGGCUGGAACCGAUCCACUUGCAGAUGUUUGUUUGGCUGAGGAAGAAGUGAUUGAGAAGACACGUAUGCAUGUUAUUGACAGAUGAUGGUCCUUCUGGUUUUCUUGCUGGGCACCGUUACUGUAUCUACCACUGUAUCCGGCCAGAUUGAGUUGUCGGACAGUUACAAAGGCUUCACUGACUGCAAGCGGGGAUGGAUCCUACCAAAACGUCCAUUCCUUGUCGUAACCACCUUGUCCGUUUUGGACUGCGCAGCAACAUGCUCACGAACUUCCGGCUGCUAUUCGUUCAACGCAUGCGCAGAACCAGACUCGUCCAUUCAAUGCAGACUGAUCGCUGAUUUCUCUACAAGUGGCUGUACUGGGCUUGUGGCACAGAGUAACUGCCGUUACAUGCAAAACCGACAGGCUGCCUCACUGAUGGCUGCAAAUCCCUGUUUUAAUGGGGGAACAUAUGUCAACAGCAUGUGUUCCUGUGUGUGGGGUUUCGCUGGGACAACGUGUGAGAGAAUAGUUAGAAGCUGCAGAGAGGCAUACCUCCUUGGGGUACGUGGAAAGGGCUUCUAUGAAAUUCAACCGUUCGGCUCCCCUAUCACCUACACAGUAUAUUGCAACUGUGAGUGGGUCGGCACCAUCUACGCCUUCAAGAGAAUCAUCCCCCCUCCCUCAUCAUGUCAACCUAUAAACUACAACAAAACGUGGGAGGAAUACAAAACAGGUUUCGGCGACAUCAACUGCGAAUACUUCCUCGGACUGGAGACAAUCUACCAACUGAACACGUACGAAAGAUACCAAUGGAAUAUAUACAACAUGGUCGACGGGAAGCCGUCUCCAGCAGCAAGCAUCUACCUUGAAAGCACAGAUCUCCAAAAUGAGGCGAAUGGUUAUAGUAUCAAUUUUAUUCGAGUUUUCACCAAAACUUGGGAACACGGAGACGACGCGUUUGACAACAGCCAGAAGCCGAGAUCCUUCUGUACCUUUGAUCGGGAUUGUGGUGGGUGUGCCGGUCAAGUUGGAGGGGGGUGGUGGUUCAAUAGCAGCUGUGGGGGAGGGGCGAUCACUGCUACACCCGAUAAGAUGUACUGGCCAGUCAACGGAGUCGACAAGGUCAUCAACGAGACGUAUAUACAGCUGGAUCACAUGUUAUACUACUAAGGCCCAAUUCAUUUUCCAUGUGUACGAUUUGGAAAUAUGCAUUUAUUCAUUUGUUGGAAGAGAACAGAACUUCUUGGGCCUAACAGUUUUGAUGGAGUAAGUUGUGUCAAGGAACUUAAUACUGAGUUAUGAACCUCACAUAGAAAGAGUUGACCUGAAGACAUUAAAACGAUAUCAUAUUUAACAUAAUUAACUUAAAAUUCGUAACUACGUUUUCAAGAAUCUCCUAGCUGCCCGCGUUUUAGGGUUCCUUGCCUCUUGCCUCAAAAUUAAUUCCACAAUUUCAAAGUUUGACAGCAAAUAUCUCAAGAACUAAUUGUUCCAACACUUCGAAAUCUCUUGUACAGAUGCACAA